AACAUAUCAACAGAACGCUUUUAUCUAGCCUAAUAACAACCAAAAUCGUUAUUAUUUUUUUACUGUUUGCACCAAUAUAAUCUAUAAAUUAGGUACAUUGAGGUAGCGAGAACAGUUGAAAUCAAAUACCAAAAUUGAACCAGUAAUAAAUUUGCUUUGACUAUUUACAAAGCUAUUUGAUUUAGACGACAUGAAAAACAAACCUAAAGAAGGAUAUUUUCUUGUGACCUUUGUGGUGUUCUUACUGCUAGCAAAUUGUCAUGGAUGUUAUGGUGCCAGUAGUGGACAUGAAAUUUGGAAUUACCUGUUUCUCAAUGGUACAUACAACAACGAAGUGAGGCCAGUGAAGGAUUGGGGCACACCAACACAUGUAAACGUUAGCGUUGCCGUUAUAGCGGUGGUUGAUUUCAAUGAAGUUAAGCAAACAAUUAUUCUUACUUCCAAGUUAACAAUUGUUUGGAAAGAUGAAUAUUUGGUCUGGGAUCCGCUUAAUUUUGGAAAUAUCACUCAUAUCCAUGUUCUUCAAUCAAAAGUCUGGAAACCGUACUUGUUUCUUGAAAAUUCUGUAUCUAAACAACCAGAUAUGGGCUCCCCGUCUGUAAAUUUAAUAGUGAGUCAUGAGGGUGUCGUUGAAUGGAAUCCAGUAGAAGUGUUCAAGUCAACUUGUGCAGCAGAUGUUCGGAAAUUCCCGUUUGACACACAAAAAUGCUCAAUGGUUUUUGAAACCCAGGGGUAUACAAAUCAAGAAAUAGAAAUACAUUCAGUUGAAGACCACAUUGACUUUCACGGUUAUGGGAUAACCUCCGGCUGGUAUGUAGAGGACACAGACAUUGAGACCCAAAGUGAAAAUGGUGCAGAAAUUCACAUAUUAUGUUCACUAACUUUGAGACGGAAUCCAACAUAUUUCAUCUUGAAUAUUUUUUUACCGAUCGUGCUUUUGUCAUUUAUGAACCUAUGUGUAUUCAUACUUCCUGUCCAGUCGGGAGAAAAGGCUAGUUUUGUGAUCACUGUGUUUCUUUCACUUGCCGUUUUUCUAACUAUUGUAAGCAGCAAUCUACCCGAAAACACCGACAAUGUAUCGAUCCUUAAUAUAUAUGUAUGUAUCUGCACGCUGCUCAGUGUAAUCAUCGCUUUUCUGACCAUCAUACAAAUACGACUGUAUCAUCGAGACUCGAACAUGCCAAUUCCACCUCUGCUGCUUAAACUGGUCAUCUUGUUUACCUCAAAGGGACGACGCAUUGACAAAGGUAGCACUGAUACAAUUCCAAAUAAAGCAGCACAAAAACAACAGAAGAAGAAUAUCAUUGAUGUUAUUCCUUUGGAUGAUACUAUACGUGAUGAUAAAAAGUAUGACAAAGAAACAUUGAAAAGCCUGAUAACGUGGCCAGAUGUUGUACAGGCAUUUGAUAAUAUUUUCCUGGUGGUAUUUUUGAUGAUUACAAUAAGUAUGACUAUGACUGUCCUAAUACUGGCAGCUCGUAAAGAGGAAUUGCCAGAGGAACACGAGUCACAUUGAAUUGUUUCAGAAAUAAAAAUAUAAUGCAGAAUAAAAGGGGAAAGAACAAUCAAUCUAUAACAGUGAAUAUUUGAAGCAUUUAACAGUUAUACAUUGAGCAUGUUUUACUUAACGUGAUAAUGAUUAUUGACCUUUUUACGACGCGGUCCGUUGCUAUGAAAAAAAUGACCGGAAGUAGUAUUUUCUCGUGCAUGCGCAAUAUGGGUAGGGCAAAAAGAGCAUUGUCCUACAUAGAAAUGUAGUUGAAAUUCAUAGACAAUUCCGAGUUAGUUUAAGGUAAAUAUUAGAAAAUCAUAUAAAAUAGCUUUUAAUAGAAACACAAAAGAUACAUGUAUAGCUUUGUGGCCAAGAUUGCUAUAAAAAGGCAUGGAAAAGACGAUUGUUUAAGAAUUCUCCCUUACGAUCACGGACCUGGCAUUGAGAUAAUUGUUGCAAUAAAUGUGGAAAUAUAUAUUAGCAAGUAAAGAAGUCAAAUUAAUAGUUGUUGAAAUCGUCCAUAUAAAAGCUUAAGAAGUUUUAUAUCUGGUUAUUAUGAAAAUAAGUCGGAAGACAUGAUAAUGCACUUUUAUUUUUCAGUUUACCUUAUUUUAUCCUUUAUCCGACUUGACUGUUAUGCCAAACAGAAAUUUUUUGUCACAUGAAUAUAAUAAUUUUUUUAACUCUUGUGAAGUAAAAAUGGGAGGUGAAAUUUUAUUCUUUAUAGGGUUAAGUAUUUUGUUUUUCUAUGUACAAAUUUGAUAGUUAAUUAUGUACUUUUUGCAAUA